AUGGCUUUUGAAAAUGUAUAUCAGCUAACAGUACAUCAUUUAUUUGAGCAAAAUGUAACUUCAUCAAAAAUGUAUUUUGGAGAUGUCAACAAUUAUGAUUACCAUAUUGAUUGUACCUUUUAUGUUGGACUGAUCGUUGUUGAAACGUCUAGAAUGCAAUUUAUCGCUAUAUUUUGUCAACACAAAGAACACGACACCCAGUACAUACAGCUUAAAUUAUUAUAA